AUGGAAGGCCACAAGACCAGCGAUUCAUCCGAGGCUCAGGACGUCUCGAAAGAUUCUGGAACGUGUGAAGAAGAUCCGGCAGCGGCCUCUCUCUGGACCACAUCUGCCGAUGGGCUGGUCAAACUGAGGAUAGAUCCUGCUUGCCCCCAGACUCCCAUAACGGUUCACGACAUGUUCCUAGAGUCCCUCGAGAAAUACGGGUCUCUCAAUGCGAUGGCCAGCAGAAAGAACGGCGCGUGGGAGAAGAUCACUUUCCUGGAGUAUUACAACCUUUCUCGGAAAGCGGCCAAGAGCUUCCUCAAGCUUGGCCUUGAACGAUUCCACGGGGUGGCGAUACUCGGGUUCAAUUCCCCAGAGUGGUUCAUCCUGGCGGUGGGAACCGUUUUUGCCGGGGGAAUUGUAACAGGAAUCUACACAACCAAUUCUCCGGAGGCCUGCCACUAUAUCGCUCACGACUGCCGAGCAAACGUCGUGGUAGUAGACAGCCAGAAACAGCUGGAUAAAAUAAUGCAGAUUUGGCAUCGUCUGCCACAUUUGAAGGCUGUCGUGCUGUACAAGGAUCCUGUGUUGGAGAAACGUCCCGAUUUGUAUGCGAUGGACGAAUUCAUGGCACUGGGCAACGAAGUCCUAGACGAAGACCUCGAUGCUAUUAUUCGCUCCCAAAAGCCGAACCAGUGUUGUGUGCUGAUCUAUACGUCGGGAACGACCGGGAAGCCCAAAGGAGCUAUGCUGAGUCAUGAUAACAUCACCUGGACCUCCGCGCACGCCAGCCGGGCGGGAGACAUGCAGCCCGCCGAAAUCCAGCAGGAGACGAUUGUCAGCUACCUCCCGCUCAGCCACAUAGCGGCCCAAAUCUACGACCUCUGGACGGGAAUCAAGUGGGGGGAGCAGGUCUACUUUGCGGAGCCCGACGCCUUGAAGGGAGGCUUGGUGGACGUCCUGAAAGAAGCCCUGCCCACUUCUCACAUGGGGGUCCCUCGGGUGUGGGAGAAAAUCAUGGAGAAAAUCAAAGAAGUCUCUUCGCAGUCGGGAUUCCUGAAGAAGAAAAUGCUCUCCUGGGCCAUGUCGGUCAGCUUGGAAAGGAACCUGAGCGGCUCAAAUAGUGACUUAAAGCCCUUCCGAAUGAGAUUAGCGGACUAUUUGGUCCUCGCCAAGAUCCGCCGGGCGUUGGGACUUUCUCAGUGCCAGAAGCAUUUCAGCGGGGCGGCCCCACUCCCCACGGAAGUGAUGCGGUUCUUCCUGAGCUUGAACAUCCCCUUGUACGAAGCGUACGGGAUGAGCGAGACCACCGGCCCCCACUGCAUGUCCGGGCCGUAUGUUUACCGACGUCAAAGCUGCGGCAAAGCAGUCCCCGGCUGCAAAGUGAAGCUGGUGAACGAGGAUGCGGAAGGUAACGGGGAGAUCUGCUUCUGGGGACGGACGGUCUUCAUGGGAUACUUGAACAUGGAGGACAAAAUCAAGGAGGCCAUCGACGAAGACGGCUGGCUGCAUUCCGGAGACCUCGGGAAGAUGGACCAAGAUGACUUUCUUUACGUCACCGGAAGGAUCAAAGAGAUCCUUAUUACAGCCGGAGGGGAAAACGUGCCUCCGGUAUCUAUCGAAGACGCCGUGAAGAAAGAAUUGCCUCUUCUAAGCAACGCCAUGCUGAUCGGAGACCAGAAGAAGUUCUUAUCCAUGUUACUGACUUUAAAGUGCGUCGUCGAUCCCGACACGGCAGAACCCACCGACUGCCUGACCCGAGAAGCUCGAGGCUUCUGCGAGAAAGUCGGCGGCAGCGCCACAAAAGCGUCCGAGAUCGCGAGGGGGUGCGAUCCGGCCGUGUGCCGGGCCAUCCAAGAGGGCAUCGACCGCGUCAACGCCCGCGCCGUCGCCAAUGUUCAGCGCGUUCAGAAAUGGGCAGUCCUGGAAAAGGAUUUUUCCAUUGCCGGUGGAGAAUUUGGACCAACAAUGAAGCUAAGGCGGCAAGCUGUGACUGAGAAGUAUAAAGACGAGAUCGAAGCUUUUUAUAAAGACUGA